UUCUCGUCCAUCCCAGCUCCUAAGUGUGGAUGGGCUUAAAGUCCUUUAAUGGAGAGUAUCAAAUAAAAACACAAACCCCAACACACACGGGUGAGUAUGGGUAGUAUUUAUCAUCGUGUCAAGCUCGCAGUCACCACUUACUCAAUCUUUUACGGAUGUUUGUGCGGCAUCCGCCAUGAUGACGGUCCCAGAAGCUGCGUGCGCACUCCUCCCAGAAUGGCUUUCUCCCGAGACAUCGAUCCAGAGGAAUUAGCUAACGCUCCAUCCAAAGCUGGAGUUAGCAGCUAGCAGGAAUGUCUCCGCGAUAGACAGCCAGCUAGCCUAGCUGCCGUAUCUACUGUAGGCAAUAGCAAUGAGUUUGCAUAUCUGAUCUAGGUUAGCGAAGUCAGGAAAAAAGUUGUUCAACAUUAUAGAUUCGACGCAAAUAACCAUUUUGACCAGUUUAAUCCGGGCUGUGCUGGCUGGUUGUUUUAAUUUCCUGGCUAGCACUAGCUAACUGUUUAGUUAGUUAGUUAGUUGUAGACGUCCAGACCUUAUCCCUUAGCAGAAAUGGAGUCAUCUCUUGAACUGACCACCUCUCUGUCCGGGACGUCUCUGCCACCGCUGCGGUCCCGAAUUUUUAAAAUAAUCGUUAUAGGAGACUCAGGGGUGGGCAAGACGUGCCUGACCUACAGAUUCUGUGCGGGAAAGUUUCCCGACAAAACCGAGGCUACCAUCGGGGUGGACUUUCGGGAGAAAGUUAUCGACAUCGACGGCGAGAAGAUCAAGGUGCAGCUGUGGGACACCGCGGGUCAGGAGCGCUUCCGCAAGAGCAUGGUGCAGCACUACUACCGGAACGUCCACGCCGUGGUGUUCGUGUACGACGUGACCAACGGCGCCAGCUUCCGCGGCCUGCCGGCGUGGAUCGAGGAGUGCCGGCAGCACUCUCUGGGCCAGGAGGUGCCGCGUAUCCUGGUGGGCAACAAGUGCGACCUGCGCCACGCUGUGCAGGUCGGCACCGACGUGGCGCAGAAAUUCGCCGACUCCCACAGCAUGCCGCUCUUCGAGACGUCGGCCAAGAACCCCAACGACAACGACCACGUGGAGGCCAUCUUCAUGACGGUGGCCCACAAGCUGAAGAGCCAGAAACCGCUGGUGCUCAGCCAGCCCCCGGGGCCCGACAGCACCGUGCCCGUGAGGAAGAGGGAGGAGGAGGAGGAGAGGGGAGCCUGGGGCUGCAGCUGCUGAGGCACCCGAGAGGGCCCCUCACCCUGUGGAGCAGGGCGCCUCUGCCACCUUUAAGUACUCCUUUCUGUUUCUAGUGUUUUUCUUUUCAGAAAAGCGGUAAGGUUCUGCGUUAGCUGACCUGGGGUUCGGGGGGCCGAGGGUCCCAGAGAGGUUGAGUGGGGUUGGCUGGCAGAACAGGUCGGUUUGAGAAGACUGCAAAAAGUGUUUAUUUCAGUGCUCCCUACAGAAGGGUUGCCAUGGAUAUUGUGUCCCAGGAGUGGGUGGAGUCCAGGUGAAUCCAGGUGAGGUCAUCCAGUAACCCGGCUGCUCAGCAGAGCAACGGCUCCAGUCCAUCCUCUGUAUUUACACUGUCAGCGCGUCGUCAUAUCCGUCAUCUGUGGAACAUACGGGCAUGCCAAAAACCAUCAGCACAGCAGUGGAAAAGGCAACAAUGUGCUAGAUGGUAUAUUACAGUAUUUAUCAACAUAACCUCCUCCGUGGUCGUUCUUGCAUUUUUAAGUGAGAUUUUGAGGAAAUAAUUAACAACCACAACAAAAGCAGGUGAAAGAGUCUUGUGCAGCAUGACUCACUGGUCUCCCGGUUGUGGCCGGUGACGGUCUUGUGAUAGCAAACAGUCAUUUGACUGCAUGCUGUAGUUCUGCCUCCGCUUAUUUAAGCAAUGAAUUCCGCAUCGUCACCGGGUCACACUAAGCCGGUGAAAGUGGAGCAGGUUUCCAGGCCAGCAGGGAAACUCCAAGCUUUUUACAUAUCAUCUGUCAGAGCUUCUGCAACACCAGGCCAGUGUGAGUGUUUUCACCCUGGAGGGCAAUGGAGGAA